AACUUGUCCAAACCUACUGCACUUGGAAAGAGAGAUGGGUGUUAGCAAUCUGAGGUCGCAGACAGCUAUGAAGCUUCAUGUGCUUUUUGCCAUCUCCUUUACCUGGGCUUUUCAUGAGGUACCUGUACCAAAGUAUCAGCACUGGGAUCCUGUAGCAUCCCAGUUUUAUGUGUGUGACCAGUGCCCACCUGGUACAGCUUUACAGGAGCAUUGCAGUUCCACCAGACCGACUGUGUGCUCACCUUGUCCUGAACACCAUUUCUCUGAACACUGGCAUUGGGAUGACAAGUGUCAGUAUUGCACUACUGUUUGCAAGGAGAAACAGAGAGUUCGGCAAGAGUGCAACAGCACACAUAACCGAAUCUGUGAAUGCAUCGAGGGCUAUCAUCUUGAAAUCGAGUUCUGCGUUAAACACACUGCGUGUCAGCCUGGAUUUGGCGUAAAGAUUCCAGGUACGCCGGAAAGUGAUACAGUUUGUGAAAUAUGUCCAAAUGGCUACUAUUCGAGCAGACUAUCAACAACUGAACAAUGUACUAAACACACAAACUGCACAGACCUGGGGUUCAAGACAUCUUCACCUGGUACUGCAACACAAGAUGCUAUAUGUGAGAGUAAUGGAAAAGGUGGAGCCACCCAAUGUUUUCGUCACCACCUUCAAUGUCACUCAGAUAUCACUCUAUGUGAGGAGGCUAUAUUCCAGUUUAUUGUAUCCCAAGGGCUAUCCUCUCUCCAGCUUGAUUUAUUGAUUGAGAACUUGCCUGGGAAAAAAGUGGACAACAAAAAAAUAGAAAAAUUGAGGAAGACCUGCAGUCCCAAGCAACAGAUUCUUCACCUGCUGAAACUGUGGGUGCAGCAGAACAAAGACCAAGAUAGCAUGUUUAGCAUAAUACAAGGUGUAAAUCAUUGUGAGAGAGUGGUGUCUAGAUGUGCCGGUUUUAGAAACCUGACACUGAGUCACUUGACUGCAGUAAUGGACAGCCUGCCUGGAAACAAAGUGAAAGCAGAGGACAUCAAACAGAUCAUGAGCACAUGUGAAUCAAAACAGUACAUUCUUCAGCUCUUGCAACUUUGGAAGAUGCAAAAUGGGGACCAAGAUAUUGCCAAGGGACUUUCACAAAGCAUCAGAAAACUAAGAAGGAAGAAAGUUCCAAAAAGGUUAUUAAAAAGCAUUAAAAAAAUCAUCAAGAUCUUCAAUACAUCUUCUAUACAUAAGUUGUAUGAAAAAAUGUUUUUGGAUAUCAUUCAGGGGAGCAAGUGUUUAAAAUCCAAAUCACUUAAUGAAUAAACACAGGGACAUUAUUUUUAUCAGAAAAAGUACGAGUUAUGUAAACUUAUUUAAGAGUUGUAUAUAAUCAUCAUUUUUUAAUUAUGCUUCCAAGUUUCUUUUCAGUUGGUGGAUGGGUAUACCAUCAGGUUAUUUGUGCUUCUUUUCAACAUGGAAUAUAUUUCAAAAAAGGUUUGUGCCUGUAAGAAAAUGAAAAAUCUCAUGGAAAUCUUAACAGCACUUCAACAGGUGUUACAUUAAUUGGAAAAAGUGGUGUUUCUUUCUAAAAUACUGUAUAGGGACAAAAAGGAUCUCAUUUAAAAAAUGUCCUUUCUUUGAAAACUUACUGGGAAAUAAUUGGUCAGAUACAAUUUUUUAAAUUUAUUUAGCGCCUGAUCAAUGCACUGUGACUCUGUUUUAAAGAGUGAUAAUAAAUUAACUAGCAGGCAUCCUAUCUUUUCAAAGAAAAACAUUUAAUACAACCCACACAACAGUUAGCAACAGCAUACGUACAUAUUUGUUUUACAGCAAAGGUAAAAAAGUAAAAACCCCUGUUUCAUUCAGUCACAGUAGCUGAUCAACAGCUAAUCUGUUCUGUCCAUGUACUGUAUCUAAGAGAGAACACCAUUCUUAAUAGAAUGUAUUCUCUAGUCUUCAGACACAUGUGCCUAAAACUAAUGUGAGCAAACCAUUUUAGCCCCUUUGGUACCUGAUGGAGCAAAGCAUCAGAAGAUAAUAGCAUAAUUUUUUCUGCUAUUCAAAUUCUUACUUAUUGCAUUUCAUAUUCAUGGUUGUUGUUUUUACCUAUUCACUUUUCCAUUCGAAAUGGCCAUUUUAUCUGACCUUUCUGGCAUGUGGUUUCUAAAACUAUUUUUGUUGAGCUUUAUAAGGAAAAGCUACUGUAUGUUGGGAAAUAUCAGUGUUGCAUCAUUAACACUAAAGGUCAGAAAGGCGUGGUGCGUCAUCACUUUUAUAGUGAAACUCUUUGUUCUUGAACACUUAAUUAGAAUAGCAAAUAAUACCAGAAGGAAGAGCAACAGGCUAUAAUAAUGAAUUACAUACUUAAGAUAUGAUAUAAGUUAAUCAGUAAAAUAAAUAUUAUUUAGGUGGUUGUCCACGUCACAGAAAAAUAGGAAUUAAAUGUUUUGUUUCUCCAUUAAUCAAAAAACUGAAAUGGAUUCAUUAUCAUGGUACAAAAUAAGCUUUAUAUUUUUUAUUUUAAUA